GAAGUGGGCGGGCGCGGGCGCUGGAGGUUUCCAGAAGAGGCCGGAGGAGCCGGGCCCGGGGCGCCGCUGCCGCCGCGUCAUGGUGGACUACAGCGUCUGGGACCACAUCGAGGUGUCGGACGAUGAGGACGAGACGCACCCCAACAUCGACACCGCCAGCCUCUUCCGGUGGCGGCACCAGGCUCGAGUGGAGAGGAUGGAGCAGUUCCAGAAGGAAAAAGAGGAGCUGGAUAAGGGGUGUAGGGAAUGCAAACGGAAACUAGCAGAGUGCCAGAAGAAGAUGAAAGAGCUGGAGGUGGCAGACCAGGAGAGUGGCAAAGGGGAGCUGGAGAGGCUCCAAGCUGAAGCCCAGCAGCUGAAAAAUGAAGAGAAGAGCUGGGAAAACAAACUAGAGGAGCUGAGGAAGAAGGAGAAGAACAUGCCCUGGAAUGUAGAUACGCUGAGCAAGGAUGGCUUCAGCAAGAGCGUGUUCAACGUUAAACCAGAAGAGAAGGAAGAAACAGAGGAGCAGAAAGAGAAGAAACACAAAACAUUUGUGGAGAGAAAUGAGAAGCAGAUCAAGCACUUUGGUAUGCUGCGGCGCUGGGAUGACAGCCAGAAAUAUCUGUCUGAUAACCCUCAUCUCGUGUGUGAGGAGACAGCCAAUUACUUAGUCAUCUGGUGCAUCGAUCUGGAGGUGGAAGAGAAGCACGCCCUGAUGGAGCAGGUGGCCCAUCAGACUAUCGUCAUGCAGUUCAUCCUGGAGCUGGCCAAGAGCUUGAAGGUGGAUCCCAGGGCUUGCUUCCGGCAGUUCUUCACAAAGAUCAAGACAGCUGACCAGCAGUACAUGGAGGGCUUUAACGACGAGCUGGAAGCCUUCAAGGAGAGGGUGCGGGGACGAGCCAAGGUGCGCAUAGAGAAGGCUAUGAAAGAAUAUGAAGAAGAAGAGCGGCAGAAACGGCUGGGCCCUGGUGGGCUUGACCCUGUGGAGGUGUAUGAGUCCCUCCCUUCUGAGCUGCAGAAAUGCUUUGAUGUGAAAGAUGUUCAGAUGUUACAAGACACUAUCAGCAAAAUGGACCCAACCGAAGCCAAGUACCACAUGCAGCGAUGCAUCGACUCUGGGCUCUGGGUGCCCAAUGCCAAGACAGCGGAGGGGGCCGAGAAGGGAGGAGACGGGGCCGAGGCCGUCUAUGAAGAAAUCAAGAAGGAGAGCGGUGAUGAGGAGAAAGGGAACCCGUGAACACACCGGCUGGAAAAGGCGUAAAGCGGACUCUCUCCUCCCUCCCACGGCCCUGUUCCUUCUCCUCUCUUACCGACUCAUCCCUCUGUGAAGACACACGCUUUACACGUUAGACACUUGGUGAAUGCGUGAGCUGCUUGCUGGCCGACUAGCCGGCGUUUGGUGUCCACCCAGCCCCCCGCGUUGCCAUUCGGGAGCAGAUGGAAGCCCCUGUGCUAGGCGGGGGGAGUUCCCUGUCCAAUCUUCCAUCGGGUGCAAGCUCACAGGGAUGUGGCAUGGCAGUCUAGGCUUGUAGGUCUUGCGCUGGUCAGUGUAAUAGUUACACAUGCUGUUGUAUCUCUUGGUAACCAGUAAGGCUAUUACCUGAAUAAAGAGAUUGAAGUA